AUUAAAAUAAAUGUUAAGCCCAACAGUCACAGAAAAUGAGCAAUAACGAAAAAUAGGUGAAAAGCUUAUAACAAUAAUUCGAACAAUUUUGAUAACAGAAAGAGAAGUAUUAAUAAUGGUAUAUAAUAGGUUGAGGAAUUGAAAUUAACAUUAGCUGAAAAUAUACGAUUUGAUAUUAGUGAUGCAUUUAGAGCAAUUGAUUCAAACAUGAAAGGAUACAUAACUUCUUAAGACAUCUUUCGCUUUAUGUGUAAGAAUGGAUGUAGUGUUCAUUAAAAGUUUUGUGAUUUCUGGAUCUUCACAUGGAGUAAAGGAGAUGAUAAAUUACGAUAUCAAUUAUUUCUUGAAUUUAUAGUUCCUAGAUAUGAUAGAGAUGCAGCAAUGUAGUGUAUUGUCAGAAAGCUAUAUUCAGAAACUGGGAAAUGUAUUGAUAACAAUUAAAUAAUUUAUAGAUAAACUGUCAUUUUAUUUAGAAGAGUUCGUUGCUAAACUUAUAUAUAAGGAGAUUGAUUAUUUAAGAACAAUAGAAAUAGAGAAAAUGAAUUUAGCUUAAUUAGUUGAAUGGAAGUUUACAACUGUUUUUAAAUAUGUGGCUGGCAAUUUACCUAUUAUAGAUAAACGUUGUUUAGAUUAAUUAUUAAAUAAAUUUGAAAUUCAAUCACUUACACAAUAAGAAUAUAAUAUGUUUCUUAAAAGAUUUAAUAGAAAUGAAGAUACUAUAAUGUAAAAAGAUGAAUUUAGUGAUGCUAUAUUCCCAAGUAGAGAAUUAAUUAAAGAAAUGUAAUAACCAAGAGAUGGAUUUUAAGAAUAUGUUUUAAAUCAUGAUCAAUAAUUGGAUUAAUUGUUAGGAAAAGAUUAAACUAUUGAUGGUGAUGAUUUCAUUUUCAAACCAGAAGAACAUAAAAUUAAAUUAAAUACUACUUAAAAAGAUUAAAAAUUUUUUGAUAAAUAAGAAUUUAAUUCGAAUAUGCAAUAUUAAAAUGAACCAUCCUAAAAUUAAAAUUAAAAAAUAUUUGAACUACCUCCUAAAGUUUAACCUACAUAAAAUAAAGCUUUACUUAUGAGUUUUAAACCUGCCCAAAUAUAAUAAGCUUAACAAUUUAAUUCAAACUCUAUUGAUCAGAGUAUUAAGGCUUCAACUCCUGUUUAAAUAAGAUCUAAAAAUUACUAAAGUCCUAAUGAACAACCUUCUCAAUAUCAAUAAUAAGAUUUACUCUAAUAAUUUGAAAGAAAAUAGAAUGCUUCCUAAAUGGCUUUCAGUCAAGAUAAUUUAUCUGGUUAUAAUAAUUAUUUUAAUUAAAACUCUAAACUGGAACAAUCCUAAUAGAUUUAAUAUAAUUAAUACAUUAACUAACCAACUAAUGCUUAGUAUAUUUUAUCAGGAUAAUGA